AUGGGAUUAAGCGGAAAGUUCAAAAACCAUAUUCUCUGCAUGCCAGGUAUUCAUGAACUAUAUAUGUCAUUGAAUUACCUUAGAGACCAACUUCCAAAUUUGAGUUCUAGUGUUUUCCUUAGAAUUUUGGAUUUCUCAGUGAAUGAUUUCCAAGGACCUAUUCCUCCAUCAUUUUCUAAUCUCACAUAUCUUACUUCUCUAAGUUUCAUGGGAAACUUUCUCAACAAUUCAAUUCCAUCCUCACUUUUAACUCUUUCAUAUUUAACUUAUCUAGAUCUCUCUUUCAAUGGUCUUAGUGGCCAAAUCCCAAAUGUAUUUCCCCAAUCAAAUCGACUUCAAGAUUUAGAUUUGAGUGAUAACAAAAUUGGAGGUGAGCUUCCAAUAUCACUUUCAAACCUUCAUCAUCUCAUUAUCUUACGCCUUUCAUCCAAUUCAUUUAAGGGUCACAUUCCAGAUAUGUUUGGUGGGAUGACCGAACUGCAAGAUCUCUCUCUAUCUUCAAACAAUUUAGAAGGACAAAUUCCUUCUUCAUUAUUUAACUUGAAUCAACUUCUCGCAUUACAUUUAUCUGAUAAUAGAUUAGUGGGUCCCCUAAUCAACAAAAUUCCAGGGUUUCAAAAACUAACUGAUUUGGAUUUAGAUAACAACUUGUUAAAUGGAACAAUUCCUUCCUCUUUGUUAUCUUUGCCUUGUUUGAAAUAUUUAUAUCUAACAAACAAUCGAUUUACAGGGCAUAUCAGUGCAAUCUCAUCUUAUUCCUUAGAAGUAUUAGAUUUAAGCAACAACAAGCUACAAGGCAAUAUUCCAAAAUCAAUUUUCAACCUUUCAAACCUAACUGUAUUAUGUCUAUCAUCAAACAACUUGAGUGGUGUUGUUGAUUUUCAAAAACUUUCCAAACUUCAAAAUUUGCUUUCUUUGUCUCUUUCGCGUAAUAGUCAAUUAGCACUGAGCAUUGAAUCCAGUGUCAAUUACAGUUUUCCUAGACUAAUUGAAUUGGACUUGUCUUCUUUGAGUUUGAAUGAACUUCCCCAAUUCCUAGGAAAAUUCCCAAGUUUGGAUUCUCUUGAUAUGUCCGAUAACAAACUUAAUGAAAUAGUUCCUAAUUGGUUACUUGAAACAAUUAACUCGUUUGGAUUUUUGAACCUCUCUCAAAACUUGUUCACAUCGAUAGAUCAACCCUCAAGAAGUACUUACCGGCUCAGUUUCCUUGAUCUUAGUUCUAACUUACUUCAAGGUGACCUUUCUAUGUCAAUCUGCAACAUGAAUGCACUACAAUUUCUCAAUCUUGCACGCAAUAAAUUGACAGGUUUCAUUCCACAAUGUCUUGUUAAAUUAUCAUCUCUUCGAGUUUUGGAUCUACAAAUGAACAAGUUUCAUGGCACUUUGCCAAAUAACUUUUCAAGCAACAGCCAGCUUUCUACUCUGAAUCUCUUUGGCAACCAAUUAGAAGACUCUUUACUAGGGGUGGCUACUAAUGAUAAUGUGUUAUUUUCACUCAAAAUAAUUCUUGAUUUUUCUGUGGAAUCUUUGUUGGAAGAGUUUUUCAUUAAGGGGUCUUGA